AGCUUUAAAGAAGACUACAGGAACUAACCAUUAAUUAAUAACUUACAUGCUUGUGGUAGAAGCGGCGUGCCUUCAGUUAUCAGAAGCAUUUGAUAAAUUCAUCGUCUAGGCGGUCACUAACAGUCAUUACAAUUCGAAAAGAAUAAAUCAGAAUUCAAGAUGGUGAAAUCAGAAGUGAACACACCCAACAAGCGCAAGAGUCUCCAGGCGAACUCUUCCGCCAAAAAAACUAAGGUGGAGAACGGCAACGGAGUCGCGAGUCCAACAAAACUCGUGAGUAUUAAGAAGGAGCCCCAUUCCCCAAAAGGCGUCCAAUCGCCCAAAAUAAAAGUCGAACCAAGAAAUAGUCUACCCAAGGCCGGUCAGUCUCCCAAGGCUUUUCAAUCUCCUAAGGCUGUUCAAUCGCCUAAAAUAAAAGUUGAGGGAAGAAAUAGUCUACCCAAGGCUGUUCAAUCUCCCAAAGCGCCAAAACCGGUGACGCCUUCUCCUCAAGCCAACAAGAAAAAUAAGAAGGGCAAAGCUGGGGGCGAUUCCCCGAAAAAAGUGACAUCGUUUGCGGGAACCAAACAGCUCACUAAAUCCAUUGAAAAAGUGAAGAAGCCCAAGGCUGCACUCGAAGCCGGUGAGGGCAAGAAGAAAAGGAAGAACGCAUUUGCGAACUUGAUUGCCCAAGUGAAGGCCAAGGAGGGCACCAAUGAUCCUGAACUCCUUAAGAUUUUGGACAUCAGGUUAAACGCAAUCACUGAAAGGGGCGAUCUUACAAAAACAGCUAAGAGGAAGCUGAGCAUCCUUAAUAAAUUGAAGCUGAUUUGCACUGAAGGUUCAACAGCGGCCAGUCAAAAGGCUAAAGCGCAGAUUGCCGAAAAGAAGAAACUGGGCUCCGAGAAAAAACUUCAGAAGAAACCCGUAGCUGCAAAGAAGGCAGCUGUAGGCAAAAAGGCAUCUAAGUCCCCGGCUCCAGAACUUGCAGACAGCGAAGAUGACGAGGAGGAAGAAGAUGAUGAUGACGAUUCUGAGGUUUCUGAUCAUGACUCAGAUGCCGAAGAGGACGGUGACAGUGCGGAGGAGGAAGAGGACACUGAUGCGGAAGACGACGACGACGAUGAGGAUGAUGAAGAGGACGAUGAUGGUGAAGAGGCCGAGGAAGAGGAGGACGAUGAGGAUGACUCAGACGAGGAGGAAAUUCCAGUUCCCGCUCCCAAGGAAAAAGUCCAACCUGUACUUCCUAAACCAACGCCAAAACAACCGACCAUCACCGACCUGUACAGCAAAGAUAUCGUUAAAAAAGGUCAGAAACGAUUCGUGUUGUUUGUGGGAAAUAUUCCUUAUGAUGCAACUAAAGAAGAACUCGCGACGCAUUUCGCCAAAGUGGGCGAUAUUGUGGAUAUUCGCAUCCCUACAGAAAAGGGCAGUAACAGGCCGAGAGGCUUCGCGUAUGUUGAAGUGAAUAAUGAUACUUCAUAUGAGAAAUGCAUGUCGAUGCACCAUUCGCAGCUAAGAGGCCGAAGAAUCAAUGUGCUAUACACCCAAGGAGGUAAGAAAAAAGGGGACGAGAAAAAGAAGGAAAUCAAAGGAAAAAAUUUUAAACUACACGCUCUUCGCAGACAGGGCAAGUUGGCAGGCAGUGUGAAAGAGUCCCAGAAAAGGUCUUUUAGGAGGAAUAAGAAUAAGCGCGAGAAUGGCCAGGAUUGAAAUGGAAAAAUCGUAUUUUUAAUGAUUUAGUCAAUAAGCUUAAACAAUGUAUGUCAGGAUUAAAAAUUCAAUAGUUAAA